AUGAUGACGCAGGUCGACGCGUGCGUCUGUGCGACAUGUCAUCGAGCACUGCCCGCCAAGAGCUUCUCCCGGCAUCAGCAGCUCCGAACACAGCCCAAGUGCAAAGCGUGUGUCGAAGCAGCAAACGAUCACGACCACAAGUUGCAGCAGCGAUGGAAACUCUGUGUGCAGUGCUUCCAGCACCUGUCGAAGCUGAGCUUUUCCAAGCGACAGGCCCAGUUGCUGGACGCCAAGUGCAUGCGCUGCGUGCAGGAGCUCGAGCGAGUUGCGGCUGCUUCGCCAGCGGACACGGCAAGCAUGUGGAGCUUUGACCGUUACUAUCGCGUGUGCCAUCGCGGCAAGAGUGGAGGGGUGUCGGUGCGAGUGAAGCACAAUGUUGCGUCGCCGUUGGUUGGCUACAUCCCAUUCGGCCGCGUGUUCCGUGCUACAGCACCUAUUUGCAACGAGCAGGGGGACCCUAUGGUCCGACUUGAUGGACUCCAUCUUUCGUGCAUCGUUGUACAAGACGAGACAAAGGUCGUAGAGAAGGAGGAAAACGGCGGUGGACGACAGAUGAAGGAAGCGUGGGUGCCCACUCGCUCCAUUCGCAACGAGGUGCUGCUAGAAUGCCACCAAGGACCCUUUGUCACUGACGAGAGCGCACUGGAAAGUGGACGAACGAGCAGCAAAAGCAGGUUCUUCAGGUGUGUAGUAGAAGGAUGCAAAGCGCGCGAGCGAGCCGAUCUAUCCAUUCCAGAGCUUGGGUACGUGCUCUAUGGGGACGUCGUUGAAGUGGUUGAAGCUGCUGUCACUCCAGAUGGUGUUGUCUUCUUGAGACUCCAUGGCCGGUAUUUUGAUGGCGCCGCAUGGGUCGUCGAACGGUCGUUAGACAAUGAGUCGGUACUGAACGAAGUUGAGGGUCCGUGGUCGUCAUCGCCGACUGUGCCCAGACGCGAGACGUACCGAUGUGUGCAAGUUUCUGGAGCUCCUGUCCGUGUAGAUCCAGAGCUGACGGCGUUGCCGGUGGGCCGCCUUUCCUGUGGUGCCCUUGUCACUGUUGUAGAGCGUGCGAUUACGGACCAACGACAGGUGUUUCUCCGGUUCGUCGACUUGAACGCCACACCUGCAGAUGGAAGUGAUGCUGUAGACAGCAAAUGGGUUAUCGAAACCAGCACGUGCUGCGGCAGCGUCAUGAUCAAGUCCGAGCUUCCGGGACUGUAG